CUGGUUUGCGCCCCGCCAACAUUUGGAGAGUCGUCAUCGCCUACCAAACGCCCAACGCCGUUCCUCGGCAGUAAUUCCUUUGCUCGACGUCCCACCUCCCAGGCAUCGUGACCUAGUCCACCUAUUGUACAAACACCGCUCGCCGUCCCUAUCAUACGCACCUCUAGCAAAAAGACAACAUGUCUGGAAUUUGGGGCUGGUUUGGCGGGGGCUCAGCCGCGCAGAAACGCAAAGAUAGCCCCAAGAAUGCCAUUCUCGGCUUGCGAACGCAACUGGACAUGCUCCAGAAGCGUGAGCGCCAUCUACAGAACCAGAUCGAUGAACAGGAUGCCAUAGCACGAAAGAACGUCAGCACGAACAAGACUGCUGCGAAGCAAGCCUUGCGACGCAAAAAGGUCGCCGAAAGCACCCUCGAGACCACGCUGGGUCAGAUCACCACCCUCGAACAGCAAAUAAAUGCGAUUGAGUCUGCCAACAUCAACCGGGAGACCCUGGCCGCCAUGCAGGCAGCACGUGAGGCUAUGGGCAAGAUUCACGGCAAACUCACCCCCGAGAAGGUCGACGAGGAAAUGGCGAAACUCCAAGAAGCGAACGAUCUCAGCAAUGAAAUCGCCACAGCUAUUACCAGCGCCAACAUUGGACAACCGAUUGACGAGGGGGAGCUCGAGGACGAGCUUGAAAAGCUUCAGCAGGAGGAGGUGGACUCGAAGCUACACGAAACAGGUGGAUCGAUUCCUGUCCAUGAUAAGAUCUCUCUUCCGGCAGCCGGAACCGGCGCACUCAAGGGCAAAGAGAAGGCGAAGGCGGUUGUCGAGGAUGACGAGGAGGAGGAGCUCAGAAAGUUGCAGGCCGAGAUGGCUAUGUGAGUUAGGCACGCAGGCCUAGGAGUAUACAGAAGAGGAGGCAUGGAAACGGGGAUAUACAGGAUGCGAUUUAUGUGCGUGGCACCAUGUCGGUACCGCUUUCCAUUGUUGUGUCAUUGGCUUUUGUUAUUGGGAAGUAGGAGCUGGUUACGGUUGUU